CUUUUUAUAAAGUUUAAUUUUUGUACUAAUAUUUUCUAUUUUAUUUUAAAAAAUGCCUGUCCACUCGCCGUCGCCCACUGCCAUCAUACCAGCACAAGAUGUUGUGUCGUUUUACUUUGGAUUGGCCCAAUCGAGGCUCAAUCAUCCAGGUUCCACGGACUGUCCAUUGCUUGUUGAUGCCGGCAGCAACAAAUCGUACAAUUUUGCCAAUAUCAAACGGAUGUCAACGGCCAUUGCGCGCGGCCUGAAACACAGGGGAUUUAUUAACGAGCAGGGCAAGCACCAGAACCCUGAUUUUGACAUUGACGGUGUGGCAAUUGUGUUUUCGCCUACUGAUAUCUGCAUGAGCGCCAUACACUACGGCACGCUGAUGGCUGGUGGCACAUUUGCUGCAAUGGAUUCAACUAUGGGCGCCAUGUCUCUCGGAAACCGACUUAUUUAUCUGAAUUCCAGCGCAGCAUUUGUGACCGCCGAGCUUCUUCCCACUCUGCUUUCUGCCUGCAAUUUGGCCGGCGUGUCAAUCAACAAAUCUCGUAUUUUCAUCACUCAAGGAGACAUUCCGGGAUAUACGUCGCUGGUCGAACUCAUUGAAGAGAACAGGGACUUACCCGCGGUGCUGCCUAUUCUCUCAAUGACUGAGGAAAGACUAGCACGCAAGAUAGCGCUGAUAGUCUAUACUUCAGGAACGACCGGAAAUUCAAAGGGCGUAAUGCUGACUCACCGCAAUAUUGUCGCCACUCAGAUGCUAGUCGGCGGCUACACAGCACAUAACUCACAAGUCCAGAACAUUGCGGCCAGUAAACUGCCACAGCAAAAGGUGCUGUCGGCACUCCCUCCUUGGCAUAUCUACGGCAUUAGUGUGCUUUUCUAUCAGCCGCUGGCCACAGGAUCCUGCAUUGUGCAGCUUCCACAGUUUGGGCUCGCACCAUAUCUCGCUGCCAUUGAAAAAUUCAAUAUCAAAAGGUUAUGUGCGACACCUGGCAUUCUCUACAACCUUAUACAUAGCUCGACCAGGUCCAAGGAUGGUACGGUCAAGAUUGGUUCUGAACCUGGGCGCAACUUUAAUGUUGAUUCUGUCGAGACAAUAGUGUGCGGUGGAGCAUCUGUUCCGCCUGUUAGGCUGAGCCAGUUCGUGGCGUUUUUUGGCGGCGCAUCUGUGGUUAUUGGAUACGGCGCGACUGAAACAUGCUCGAUAAUUGCUGGCUCUACAUGGGGAGAACCAGAGCCUGGUGCGACUGGAAUCCUGUAUCCCAACACUUGUGCAAUAGUCAUCGACAAGCAUGGUAAUGAGACUGAUGGUUAUGGAGAGCUGUGCAUUUCAGGACCCCAAGUUAUGCUUGGAUAUAUCGGCCAGAACAUAAAGCCGCCAUUUGUAAAUGGUUUCUACCGUGUGGGCGAUUAUGCUCGGGUGGCAGCAAACGGGUGUGUGUUUCUUCGCGGCCGGAUAGUCGAUAUUGUGCACACUGAGCAGGGCUUAGUUUCGCCGACAGAUAUUGAGAACAUGGCUUCAGAGCACCCUGCAGUCAAGGACUGUGCCGCCGUUGGCACCAAACCAAAGGGCGCAACAGCACGCGUGUUGCUGUUCAUUGUGCUUGCGCCCGAUGUCGCAUCUCUUGCUGAUAUUAACGAUUGGAUUCGGAUACGUGCGAAAUUAGACAUUGAAUGCAGGGAAAUUCAGGAUAUUCCAAAGUCAUCUGGCGGCAAAAUACUCAGAAAUCUCCUACGGUAGUAACGCAUUGUUUCCAAUUUGGCUUAUUCUUACUGUUUUUAUUCAAAUAGCUAAACUGUUCUUUUUUUACAAGGGAAUUAGAAAUCAAGAUUUUUUAUUUUUGAAGAUAUUUGCAAAUGUGCAGCAUGUGGCACAUGCGCAGUGCAUAGACGUGGAAGGUAUAGGAUAAAAAAUUUGGGUUGAUAUUUGUG